AUGACGCUCUUCUCCCAGCGUCUGUGUGCACGCCUCGGCACGAUGAUGUUCCUCCUCCCCAACUCCCUCGUAGCUGGCUACCUUGUGGUUGGAACUCCCACGGGCUUCGCAGCUGGGACCACAGGAGGCGGUGACGCCAAACCAGUCUACCACUAUCGGCCCACAGUUAUCAUCCACCGCAAGCUAUUUAAAGCGUUCAAUCUAGUGCGAGAUGAUGCGAUCCAGUGCCCCGUGUGCCAUGCCAAGGCCAAACCUGUCACGUGUGGCUUCUACAACUGCGCGUGGAAGGUCGAGGGGGUCCGAGCUGCGGACGGCUUUUCCGUCAUAUCGACGUGGAGGGAUGCAGGAGAAGAGAGGUAUCACCGCUGUGACGUGGGCGGAAGUUUGGGCUGUAUUGAGUGGAAGAGUCUUUUGGUCGUUGUGAAGUCGAGAUUCGCUUCGGACGCAGCAAAGCUGGUUUCAGAGCGUGCCGUCGCGAGUAAGGACAACCAUUGGAGCAUGUCCGUCUUCGUGUUUUGGAGAGAUGAACAUGAGCGCGGCUUGAAAGGCGUCCUGGAAGUUCAUUCUUCGGAUCUACCACAGCAAGAUGCGCGAGUGAGCGGUCUCAUCUGGAUUCUCGACUAUGAUAUACUUCCGGUGGCUGCGAGAGACGGUGUCUCGCGCCAAGUGGUGACUCCCGCACCAGCGUCUCGAUCCCCUGAUGGCUGA